GAAAAAAACGGAGAUUUUUUCCCCCCUCUGCUCAUGCUAGACGAAGGGGCGGAAACGGCACGUUUUGUUGUAGUCAAGCUAACGGCUCUGCGUUCAACAACAAAUUCAAACUAACAGCGGCAUAUUAACCGUACUAUAGUGACACAGCUGCAGUCCAGUUGAUACACUUUUAAAUAACGAGUUGCGUUUUAAGCUAUCGAUUCCUCUGAUGAGGGAUUUCUUGCUUUCUUUGGUGGAUCUGCCCUGCAGGUCUACUACAGACAUAUACGUAGAUGCCCCGUGGACUGGAGCUGCCGUAGUGGCCGACCACCAUUUUUAGAUGGGUCUCUAUUUGCUUCCAGUGCAUGAAUUUCUACUGAGAAAGGAUCCUGCUGGUCCCCAGGUCUACCCGAUGAGUAUGAGCCAGACUCCAGAACCCUCUAAUGAUGCUCCUGCUGUUACAGAAGAGGCUAAAGUGACUUCAGUGGAGAAAGAAAAGAAGCCAGACGAUGUUCCAGAGGAAGAAGAGGAAGAGGAGGAAUACGUCGUGGAAAAGGUCCUGAAUCGACGGGUGGUGAAAGGCAGGGUAGAGUACCUUCUCAAGUGGAAGGGCUUCUCUGAGGAAGAUAACACUUGGGAGCCUGAAGAAAACUUAGACUGUCCAGAUCUGAUCGCAGAAUAUCUGCAGACUCAUAAAACUGCUCAUGAGGGCAAAAGGAAGGCAGCUGGAGAAGCAGAUGGGGAUGAAAAUAAAUCAAAAAAGAAAAAAGAAGAUAAUGAGAAGCUACGGGGUUUUGCUCGAGGCCUGGAGCCUGAACGAAUCAUCGGUGCCACAGACUCCACAGGAGAACUCAUGUUCCUCAUGAAAUGGAAAAACUCAGAUGAAGCGGAUCUGGUGCCGGCGAAAGAGGCUAAUGUGAAGUGUCCACAGGUGGUGAUCUCCUUCUACGAAGAGAGACUGACUUGGCACUCGUACCCUUCUGAAGACGAGAAGAAAGAUGAUAAAAACUAAGGGUUGAGGCAGAGGGUCAGUGGAGAGAGAACUAGUUUUGAACUUCAUUGUACUUUGGGGGGGAGGGUCAGAUGUGGAGUGGCAGGUAGGGAAAGACCAGCAAGACAUUGUGCAUUCAUCUGUCUUUUGGUGUAGUUAUCACUCACCUGAUUCUACUUUUAUGUGGAUGUUAUCUAAAUAUAUAUAUAUAUGCUUCAGAUUUGCUUGACAUUCCUGGUUAAACACAACAGUGUUAAUCUUUAGUAAACAUUCCAGUCCCGAUGCUUUUGGUACUGUUUCCAGUCCGUGUAUCAUGUUUUCUUUUCUCUGUAAGGCAGAGUGUUGCUGUUGGCUUGGACCGACACUUCUGCUGUAAUUGGAAUCACUUUGGUUCGAAGGGGUGUGGAUGAAGUAAUGGGUUCAUAUAGUUUCCAGUGCUAAUUUUAGAGUAUUCAGGUGAUGUUUUCAUUUGAAAAUGAGCUUGUGAGAUAAUCCAGCAAGUCUUAUUUGAAAUUAUGUAAAUUAAACUAAGUUGUACAAAUGAAGGUACUACAUCCAUGUUUGAGUGAACAUUUGUGACUAAAUACUCAAAAGUAUAAUUACAGCAACAAAAUGUUACCGCUUAAAAUCCAUUUGUUUUCAUUUUUUAAAGAGAAGCAAAAAAAUACAAGUCACUAAUCAGGACUUUUUUUUCAUGAUUGACAAAUGUCAUUUUUCUGGUAAUUACAUUGAAAAGAAUAAAUGAUACACUGAUUAGUCCUUAGUGGUGUUAUUUACUGUGCCACAUGUUUAAAUUCAGAUUAUUUGGUGCUUUUCAGAGGGAACCGUUAGCAGCUCUCCUCACUCGUUUGGUGUUGGCUUAUGAAUCUGUUUCUGUGGAUCAUUUAGGCCAUUGUGCUUCAGUUGUUUUCUUUGUCUUGCUCGUCACUUUUUAAAAAAUAAACUCACUUUUGUUAAAA